UUCUAUGACGUAUAUAUGUAUCAGGCGGAAGUUGUCCGAUUUGCGGAAGUAGGCAUAUAUUGUUUCUUCUGUUGUGUUUGUAGCUCACUGACACGAUUUGGCUAAAGACUAGUUGAGGGCGUCCUUAUCUAGCUAUAUGUAGGAGUCCGUGAAUUUCGAUUUCACGAUUAGAACAGUCUGCUAGGUUGAGCUGUCGUGAUGAGUGAUCACACUGAUGUCAGCCUGCUGCCAGAAGAGCGAGUUCGCAUUCUGACCAAGAAGGGAAGCUCGGUGGAAAUCAAUGACGACAUGCCACCGCGCCGCUACUUCCGCUCAGGCAUGGAGAUGAUCCGCAUGGCAAACAUCUACUCAGAUGAAGGCAACAUCGAGCACGCCUUCCUUCUUUACAAUAAAUAUAUCACGCUCUUUAUUGAAAAACUUCCCAAGCAUCGGGAUUACAAGACCACCAACAUUCCUGAAAAGAAGGACACUCUAAAGAAACUGAAGGAUGUUGCAUUUCCUCAAGCAGAGAUUCUGAAAAAAGCACUUUUAAGAAGAUUUGAGCAAGAGUAUUCCGAGUAUCUUGUCAAAAAGAAAUCCGAGGAUGAGGCCUUAGCACAGGAGCAGUCCAAGAAGCGUGCUCUGGACGCUGAACGGGAGCGGGUAGCUGACAUGCAGCGGCGGCAACGGGAACAGGAGCAAUUUAGUGCCUUCGAAGAGAUGAUCCGACGCCAGGAGCUUGAGAAGGAACGGCAGCGAGUUGUCCAGGAGUUCGCCACACCGGUCCCACCUUCGCCUGAUACACCCCUCAUACCGGGCAUCCAGGGCCCCCCACUGGUCUCUCCCACCCUGCCACAGAGCCCCGGGGACAACAACCAUCAGUAUAACCGCUCCCCUUCAACCAUCGGCACGCCUUCGAUGGGCCCACCAACUUUCGACCGCUCGCUCAAGCCAGGGACUCUAGUCAGUCCAGGGAACAACAAUACAAUGAUGGAUGCACUUCGGCAGUUAAGUGUUCCUGCUGAGCUAUGCCGGAGCUUUCUGAGGCUGGCUGAAGCCAACACAAGUCGAGCUGUAGAAACUUGUGGCAUCCUGUGUGGGAAACUGACUCACCCCACACAGACAGCAUUCCUGUCCAGCGUCGAUCUCCACACACAUUGCUCCUACCAGAUUAUGCUGCCUGAGGCCAUCGCUAUCGUUUGCUCUCCUAAGUUUAAUGAAAUUGGCUACUUCAGGUUGACAGAUAGAGGAACGGAUGAGAUUUCUACAUGUAAACAGAAAGGUUUCCACCCACACAGCAAAGAUCCCCCUCUAUUUACACACGCGGCACACAUCACCAUCACUAGUGACACAGUCUCCAUGAUGGAUCUGCGGUGAUCAUUUCCUGCUUUUCACCAGAACACUCACAGACUGAUCGAAUGGCAUACGUUCUACAGAAGAAAACACCUGUUUUAUUUUCAGGAUGGUACCAAGAAAAUAGCUGCACCAAGUUUACCCUUUACAUGGACUUCAGCUUUUAUCAAAAGGAACAAAACUGGAAAUAUUUUUGUUUGUUUUUUUUGGCCUGCAAGAAAAAUAAAAUUUACAUAUCACUGUACUUUCCAAGCAACAACUACCCCCCACUUAACAGACUGGCAACCCCCAUGUUUUAUCCUUCUUUUCCCCUUCCUGUUCAAUGUCUUUUCUUUUGAAAUGUAGAUUUGUCAGUGACAUCUAAGCGUCUGGUAGCCUGAUAUGUCGUAGAAAACGGUCAAAGUUUGGUUCUGCCCGACAGAUAAAGUGCCAAGGAUGUAAACGUUUACUUUUUUCAUUUUUCAUAGAGCAUUAUGAAGUCCAGUGUGAAGCCCAGAGUUUGUGUUGACAUCUUUAUUCUUUAGUUUCCUUUGUUUUCUUUUGACAUGCUAUGAGUGGUGAAUUGCAAGCCAACAGUAACUCAGGUAUGCAGGUAGUGCUGCUUUUUCUGCCAGUAUUUUUUUCUUUUUUUUAUACAUAUGUAUCCCUCUAGAGUGCCCUUUAUUAACUGUAUGAAGAGCUUUCUUUGAAAUGUAAGCCCUGCUAAUGAUAAAACCCAAUUUUAACACUUUUAUCCCUUUUGUCUUAUGGAAGGCAGAGUUUGGUAAAUCCUGUACAGUGUGUCCAACUUUCAUAGGACAUGUGCAACAGGCAGGCUGAAUGUACUUUAUGCUACAUAUUAUUACUCUUUACUAAACACCUGGUCAGGGGCAAUGCAUCUUGAGAUUUUAUUUUGUUUUUUUCGAUCCCUUCUGUUAUUACAAGAAUUAAAUGUUUAGCCAAAAUGAUCCAUUGAACACCAAAACAAAAAUAAACAUAUUGGUGAAUUAACUCUUCUUUUUUAGUUACAUUUGUCUAGUGUGACAAGGAUAUAUGCAAAUAUAAAUGGGAAAGAACAGUA